AUGCGCGAGUACGGCACGGCGAUGCGGCUGCAGCAGCACCACACAAGGACAGCCGCGGAGUUUGGUGUACCGGAGCCUCUUUUGACGGAGUUGGCAAGGGGGAUUCCCAUCAUCUGCCAGGCAAGCACAUCAGUUGCACAUUUUGCCCCCAAAGCGGUCAGUGUUGUGUGUCGUGAAAUGGAGAAUAUGAUGCGCGCCAACUCGCCGGAGCACCGAGUGCGGUGUGUCUCGCAGAUAACGGGCGCCUUGCGGGAGAGCGCUUUUAUGUCGCAGAGAAAUACCACGGAGUGCAAAGUGUUUCUGCAGAAACUAGCGGCGCAUUUUGUCUUCCCGCUGAUGCUGCAUUGUGCGGUGCGCUAUCUUCACCGUGCCCUCGCGACGUUGAUCCGCACCGUCUACGUGAUCGACGAAGAACUUGAGAAGUGUUUCUGUGAGGCAUUCACCGCCUCGCAUAUUCGCUGCUGGGAGUCGGAGGCGUCGGGGCGACGAUCCACCAUCUUGGGCGACGAUGCGGCUACCACGCUGGAAACCGCGAGCGCCCUGCUGCGGCUGAAGGAUUCAGUUAUGAGUUGGGUAAACUGUAUUGAUAGCACCGCCGUGGUGGCCAUGCCUCUUUUUCCACACGUGUUUGCAAGCACCUUUCUCGAGGUUCUUCCACUUCUCGGGGAGACGCUGCAGUGGAUGGUGGCGAACGCCUCUUUGGGGUGCCGUGACGUGGACUUGGGGAACGUCAACAGCGGGACACUGUUGGGUGAAGAUUUGGCGUAUGUGCGGUAUGGGAUUCGCGUCGUCGCAACGUACACGCACAAAUUCCUGUAUUUGCUCGCAGAUGUGUGGAUUAAAGGGGAUGCAUCCACCAAUCGCCAGUUGGAAGAGGACGUGGAAAAGCUAUUGUCGUCUGCGUUGGCAAUGCUUUCUUCUUCGGUCUUUCCAAAGGACGUCUUAAACGGUGCCGGACUGCUCGUGUCGUCUCUCUUGACCUUGCGGACCUGUGACCCAUGGCUGCUGCUUGAGGUCAGUCGCCUCUGUGGUGAUUUUGCCGCACCCGCCGACGCUGCGGCGAAGGCACAGGCGACGCGGGUUGCCUUUUUCUCGGCGUCAGUGAAGCGAAAUGACGUACGAGAGUGGGUAAAACUCUUCUGCGCCGAUGCCCCGCAUCAAAAACUCCGUGAGCACCCCCAAGCACAAGCAGCAUUACGGAAUAUUCUUGCCGCCUUCACCAACAAUGGCCGUUUUGCGUUGCUGCGGGGUCUGCUGGCGCAUUUAUCCGCACCUGUGCACGGUGACCUUGACGCCCUUGGCAUUCUACUGAAGCCAAUCACGCCACUUGCAGAGGCGGGAUCCUCAACGGAGGCCGCGAUGGUGGUGGUGCACGACAUCAUUAUGCCGGCGGCCGAGGCUUAUUGCUCGUCUCUUCAGGCGCCUGACACGCGGUUCAUGGCUAUUCAAACCAUUGACAGCGUCGUGCGACACAUUUCCGCUGUUCUUACUUGCAUUGCCGAGGUGUUAGACCCCGCAUCGAGUGAAACUCAAAGCAGGAGAGGCAAGGUAGAAAAAAAAAAUGUGAAGUGCUCAAACGAAGGAAAUGCAUGGACCGAGUCUCAAAAGCAGGAACUUUUUGUCGUGUGUGCUUGCAACCCAAAACUCACCAAGACUCUGAACCACGCAACGGGGGUUAUUGUGGGGAUGUGGGAUGAUAACACCCUGCAGGUGACGGGUCCAUUGUACGAUGCGUACAGUGAGAUUCUCACUGUUCAUGCCUCCCUUAGGCGCUGUGUGGCUUUAUGCGCUUCUACCGGUGCAACUCAGGUCAUGGAUGAGGGAAUUUUCGACACCGCCGAUGCAUUGCGACGUGUUCUAUGCAUACCCAACGAACGACGUGGGAAGUAUCACGCAUUGUUAGGUAUACUCAGUGUUCUUCCCGUGCCGCAGUUUCUCUCCGUACUGAGGCAGCAUUUUUCACAGGACACCGCUCCCAUUUCUGUGGUUGAAGGUCUUUGUUGUUUCAGCAGAAUGCUUCUUUCGGGUGCUUGUAAUCACAAGAUUGGCAACAUUGCUGGUGAUGUCUUUGCCAAGGCAGCAAUACGUAUUCGACAGUUAGACGACACCGACGCCAGUAAAGAGGCUCUCUUUAUGCAAGGCAUCAUUGCUCCCGUGGUGAAAUCGCUCUUGGUUCCUGGCUACGCGACACCCCUGCAUAUUACUGAGGCUUUUUCUGUCUCAAGCAUCGUUACGCACAUGAUCAUGCCGUGUCUCAAGUCCGAGGAGGUGUUUCUUCCCGUCUUGCUUUCGCAGCUGACACGGGCGCAGGCGGGUGACAGUAACUCCUCUCGGGUAAAUCAAAGUAUUGUGGAGACUAUUCAUCGCGCCCGUGUCGUGGGAAAAGACGUCGCUGCGUACCUUCACCCGAAGAGCCAAACAUUCCAAUCCAUUUUGGCGACGCUGCAGGUGCAGGAAACUGAGCUUCGCUACACGGCGCUGCGUCUCUGUGUGUUGAGUACGAAGAAGGCCGAGGCCGUGGAAGUCUGGCAAUGCCGCAUGAUGGAGUGGUAUCUCAGUACCAAUAUGUACUGUGGUGGGGACACCGUGGCGAUGCGCAACCUCUUGGAGGUGUUUAAAAAGUGGAUGCGACGGCUGGUGGAUAGCUACGUAAACCAAAGCACCAAGCUCAGGAAGGGCCUGGAGGGAAGUGAGACGGCUGAGCAGUACAAGCUGUUGGUGGUGGAUCACUGCGUACGGGUGGUUGGCUGUCUGGUUCCACAGAUUGGUGAGAACGCAAGGUGGUCUUGUGGCCUUUCCCUCGAGCGACGUGUAGCGGCCAUGGCCACGUAUUUGUGUCUGCUUCGAAACGCACUUGAGUUUCUUUCUCUGGAGCAGGCGGGGCAGCUUAAAGAGCAGCUGUUUCCCGCAGUGCUCAUUGAGGGCCUCUUGGAGUGUCUCUCAGAGGGUUGGGAAAAGGCACGCUCGUCCGCCUACAAUCUACUUCUGCUGUACUGCAGUCACGCCCCUGACGCAAUCUUUUCCCAGCGUUACCUUGGCGAUCCACGGGCAGCAGGCAACGCCAAGGCGGAAAUGCUGCGAGCGAGAACGUUUCGAAAGGCAGAGGGGGAAGUGCUUCGUUACGUUUUAGCGACCCAGUUCACACCAGCGGCGAGGCGAGCGGCGGCCGAGACUCCGUUGCAGGAGUGCGAAAAGCGACUGAGAGACGUGGAGUCUGAGAUGAGGCUGCUGAAGGAAAGUAUUUCAGAACUGCGUGGGUUGGGAAUAAAAGGUGCCUGUGAAUUUGUGCAGCUUCGCCCCCUACACGGCUCACUUUCAUUAUGUGCGACUUUACUUUCCAAUGCAUGGGAGGUUAAACGUGACGUUCCGCACUUUUACGAGGCAUGUAACACGUUAUUGCUUUGCUGCAGCGCAGUCCUGCAAACCUGCUCCUCUCUUGUUGGCGACGAGUCUGUGAACUCCGCCGAGCAUAGUGAGGUGGAGGUGGAUUGCCGUGGGCACGUCUUUGACAAGGAUGGUGCCUGCACUGAGGGUAAAAUGCGUACCGUGGUGAACAACACCUGGCUAAGUAUUCGCACGGGCGCCUCGGCCGUGGAGCGUGUGCUGAACCUUGUAAAGGUGGAAGAUAUUUCUCUCUUGGUACUUCGCGAGGUAUGCUACGUCCUUAUUGAAUCACUGCUUCGCACGAAGCACAACGGCGUGAUGCGGAAGGUGCGGCAAGCACUUAAAACUGUGGCUGCGGCUCUCCUUCGCUCACGUGAUGUCGCGUUUCACUCACUCCCUGGGGAAAUGCUUGACUUUUUAUUGGGCCCAGACGGCGUCACGUCAACGAAUAUUGCGCGGAUGUUGCGUCGAAGUCAGGGCCUACCACACGCCAUAUUGGCGGUCCUAGAGGCUGAGGACCCCGCUGUUCCCGUCGUUCUCUUUCCAAAGGCGAUGAAGCUGCUGCUGCGGGUGGCGACAGGGGCGCGCUUUGGCAGUGGUGGUGCCCAGUCGCAUUUGGCUAUUGAUGAGUGUCGUAGUCAGCGUUCGAAUGCGUUAAACGUUCUUAAGUUUAUUUUUGAAAAUAAAACGUUUGCCUCACGUUCCGUGGCGGAUUUGGAAGAGGCGUUUUGGAUUGCCGCCGCGGGCUUUGAUGACUCCAGCUGGGGAAUACGCAACAGCUCCCUGAUGCUCUUCUCGGCUGUGCUCCCUCGCUUUGUGGGGGAGCAUCCCUCCACCGGUGGCGUGGGUGUGAAUACCUCACUGCACGACAUCGCCGUUCGGGCGCCCCGUGGCUUGUCCCUCGCAUACGAUGAGUUGGCGAAGAGCUGUACGGCGCCUGUGCCCAGCCUCGGUGUGUUUCCGCUGUUGCAAAUGCUCUCCAUGCUUACCCCCGACCCCCCACAUAUUUUGGCGAACGCAACCAUAUUUAAAACACCCACAGGCACGGAGAUGGACUCCGCUUGUAUUAUCAUGGCUGCUUUGCGCUGUGGCUCAUCUAAGCAUCUUAUGGUUCGUGCCGCAAGUGCCGUUGCGCUAACCUCACUCGUGCCUCCCGUCCACUUGAAGGAGUUUCUUGCGGAGAGGUUGUCUACGAUGUCCCAAGCAAAAACUGGCCUUAACGCAAUACACGGUUCAUUACUUCAUUUGCACCAGUUCCACACGUUUUACGUGGGGACGCUACGCCGCAAUAUGAGGACGAAGGCGAUGAAUAGCAACGCGACGGCCACUGUUGCUUCACUUGUCAAUCGAUUGCUGUUAGAGGGCCUUGCUGCGGAUUCUGUCACUGUCUCGACUUCAAGGCUGUACCAAGCCUGUGUGCACUGCCCCACCGUCGCUGUGGCCUUUUUGAGUUUGGCCUCUGACGUUCUUCACUACACUCAGAGUUUUGGUUUGUGCGAGGAGAAUCCCGCUGCCGUCAUUAGUUUGAUGCGCUUUGGAGUGACUGUGGUGUACGGAACAGUGUGUGCGCCCACGCGGUCGUUUGAGUUGGCGCGACACGAUCACGCUGCGGUGAGGGAAUACGGCGCACUUUUUGCCCUCCUUGUAGUUCGACUUCUCGCACUCUCGGGCGAGGACGAGGGGAGGCAGGAGACUUCACAGAAACGAGGCAACUUAACCUUUUUAAAAGAAAAUGCUCAAUUGUGGGAUGUCCUCUCCCAUGUCUUUGCUAGCAAGAGUGGGGAAUUUCUCACAUCCUACGUUAUGGACCACGUAAGCCACUAUACGAUGGAGCAGCGGUGGCCGCGCGAAGAGUCGGAAAAAACUAUGCGAAAGUUUACAUUGUGUCUUCAUUCCGAUGUCGUACAUGCGGCGUUGCGGAUGUUGGUGGAGGAGCUUUCGGAGGAACCUUCACUACAGAGAUUGCCAUGCACGCGGGUUCAGCACAUGAAGGCGCAUCUAGAGUACCUCGUAUUGCUCGGCAACAAUGAUGAGCUACGGUCUGGGAAAUGUGAGGCGUUGUGCAAUGCGGUGGAGGAGCACCUGCUUCGCAGGAUGGACCCCCAAUCACAGCGACCGUUGCAGAGCACUGAGGUGCAAAGUUGGGCCAUUCGUUUCCUUAGUCGUUGCUGUGUGCGCCACUGUGCUUCCAGUGCGACCUUUUUGAGCAUCCUUGAAUACUACUCCCGUCCCUUCUUUAAUGUGCAGAACCGUGCCGCAGUCGUCGCCGCCCUGAAGGAAGGGCUCUUGUGCCUCCACAAAGACGCUUCUGCGACUGCCGUGAAGCAUAGGCUUGCACUCUUGGUGCUUCUCCUUCGUCUGCUUCUUGACGACGCGUACGACGUUCGUGUGGAGGCUUGCCGUGUGGUUUCGCAACUCACCUCACCGGACCAUCUUCUACUGGAUCACAUGACCUGCGUACUCUCUCUCUUGAUUCAUAUCCGGCAACACGGCGGGCACCGGGUUCUUGGCGUCGAGGUGGUGCGGCAGUACCUGCUGGGCGAGGAUGCCACACGCCUUCACGCCCUCGGUCGCGACGACGACGAGGAUAAUAAAAACGAGGAUGAUGAUGCGGAUGGCACGGACUCGGAAGAGAGUGACGUUCUCUUUGAAAAGGAGGCGGAGAACAUGUUUGCGGAGAACUCACUCUUGGCGUACCUUGUGGGGGCCAUCACGCAGGAGAAGAGGGCCGACACCCCCACCUUCGGCGUGUUCGACGAGUUGCUGCGUGUGGCCGAGCAGCGGGGCAGUGCGGCGUUCGCGUACGCCACACUGUUUGCCGACGACCCGUAG